CUCACCGCACAAGGAAAUGCGGAAGGCUUGCUAAGGAAGAAGUUAACCGUAGAGGAAGUCAAUUAUAUUGUUAAAGCUGUAUCUGGGACGCACUCAAAACAAAGAUUAGCUGACUUUUGCAAGUUGGAAGAGCCAUUUUCUCAAAACUAUCAGAUGAACUCGCGAAAUGAGCUCAUCUCCGUACAACUGGCAGUCUGAGAAAACCUCUGUACAGGAUGCCAUCUCCUUCCUCUUUAACAACGAAGUAUUGAGCGACGUACAUUUUAUGGUAGGGAAAGGCACUCAGAGGCGACGAAUUCCUGCCCACAAGUUUGUACUUGCUGUAAGAAGCGCUGUUUUUGAUGCUAUGUUUAAUGGUGGAAUGUCAACAGAGUCAGACGAAGUUGAAGUACCCGACGUUGAAUAUUCAGCUUUCCAAUCCUUGCUUCGAUUUCUUUAUACUGACGAGGUACAAAUUGGACCCGAAACAGUAAUGACGACUCUUUACACAGCCAAGAAGUACGCGGUGCCGACUCUGGAAAACGCCUGCGUAGAUUUCUUAAAGAAGAAUUUAAAUCCUGAUAACGCUUUUAUGUUGUUGAGCCAAGCAAGACUGUUUGAUGAACCCCAAUUAGCAGCUCUUUGCCUCGAUUGUAUUGACAAGCACACUCCAGAGGCGAUUGCAGCGGAAGGCUUUACUGAUAUUGAUUUUGAAACGUUUUGUGUUGUUUUGGAAAGGGACACUUUGUCCAUCCGCGAAAACCUUUUGUUCGCUGCAGCUUUGAGGUGGGCCGAACACGAGUGUCAGCGUAGACGAUUACCCACCACUCCAGAAAACAAAAGAAAUGUUCUUUCAAAAGCCCUGUACAUGAUUCGCUUUCCGCUCAUGAACCUUGAAGAAUUUGCCUCCAGUGCUGCACAGUCUGGAAUCCUCACAGACAGAGAGGUGGUCAGUCUGUUUCUUUACUUUACCGUUAACCCCAAACCAGAGGUUAGUUUCUUGGACAGGCCACGCUGUUGUUUGACUGGUAAGGAAAAGGCAGUUUGUCGCUUCCAAAAAGUUGAGAGUCGUUGGGGUUACAGUGGUACAAGUGACAGGAUACGAUUCACAUGCAGUCGAAGGAUCUUUGUGGUGGGCUUUGGUCUGUAUGGAUCAAUGUAUGGUCCCAGUGACUAUCAAGUAACUAUCCAAGUCAUUUUGACAGACUCGGGUAAAAUUCUGGGCCACAAUGAAACUGCAUUUAGCAGUGAUGGCAGCGACUCCACUUUUCGGGUCAUGUUUAAGGAGCCAAUUGAGAUUCAUCCUGGAGUAGGUUACACUGCCAGUGCAACUUUGAAGGGUCCUGAUUCACACUAUGGUACUUCAGGUGGAAAGAAGAUUGUGUUUGAAACAGAGCAAAAGGAAAAGAUAGUUUUCCAGUUUUCAUAUGCCACUGGAAAUAAUAAUGGAACCUCCAUUGAGGAUGGCCAGCUACCAGAACUAAUAUUUUACACCUGAUCAGACAGAACCGCCAUAACUGUAAAGAUGGACUGAAAGGAAACAUUAUACACAAUGUACACUCUGUACAUUCCCCCACUUAUUGUACAUACCCCAUGUUAUUAUUUGGUUGACUUUGCUUUCUGUUAAGCACCUGUUCUUGUGGGCUUCAAUGUUUUCAAUACUUUGCUUGAAGUCAAAUUAGUUUAAAGAAGGACAACAAGCUGUUUACUUAAUAUAUAUUGUAGCCCUAGAUGAACUUUAUUCUGUAAUGGUUAAUUGUGACACUUAAAAAGUGUUAAAAAGGGGAAGUGGAGAAGUGAUGUAAUGAAAUCAAAUGAUACAUAUAAAUAAGAGACACCAAUUAAGGUUGUGAGUUUGAUGAUGUGCAUAGUAAUGAAGUAGAGGCAGCAAAAUAGUCUCUCUUGUAGAGAAAGUUGAAAUUUAGUGAAAGAUGAUAGGAAGUUGGCAUGCUGUCCUGCUUUUUUUGUUAAAGAGUUUUUGACAGGUCGGUUGGAAUAGGAGACUUUUUGACCUGUCGUGGGCUGUUUAACCCCUCGUAUACUGUACAUACGUGGGUCAUAAAAGAAAAAGGAGAUUUGCAGAUUUUAGAUCUAUCAUCAGGAAUGGAAUAAUUUUCUUGAUGUGCUACAUCUGUGUCACUUUUUUUUUGUGGAUUUAAAACAUUUAACAGUAUCUACUGUCCAAGGGGGAGUUAGUUGUGCAAAAGUGUCUCCAGAGAAUUAUAUAUGUGCCAGAACAUAUUUCAGAGAGAGUGUGAGUAAAGCUUUAAAGAGUAUCUUGGGCAUUAAUUAUUUUACAGAUGUACUGUAACACAUCAUAAGUUUAACCCCUUCACUCUCAAGAACUUGAUAAGUAGUUCUCCCAUAUGUAUCUCAUAAUUAUAGUUUGAGAAUUUGGCAUUUAGUUUAAAAAAAUAAUCUCUUUGUUUUAUUUUAUGUGUAUUCUUGUCACUUGUGGGCUCAAUAUAGUAUUGAAAUUUGAGAGAGGAGGGUGGUCUUGGUCACUCCUGGGUGCAGAAGGGUCAUCAGACUGAAAAGACUUACCAAAAACCAUUCACUUUACUAGAAUAACAUUAAUUUCCCAAAGAUAUUAUACAAAGUAAUUGCUAGCAUAAGUAGGAGUAACUUUAUCAGGUGCAUACCUAGCUCUAAAAUCUUUUGUAGGCCUGUACCCUUAGAAAGUUGAAUGUUUGGUUCAGAAUUUGCAAGGGUUGACAAUAAAAAUCAAUGGGCAAAAAUUAAUUGUUGGCCUGGAUCUACAGAACCACAGGCUGCAAAUUUGUUGAACUACUGAAACGUGUAACAUCAGUUUUGUUAAAGGUUACCCUUAUUAAAACUUUUUGUCUCUGGCCUUUC